AUGUCAGUUUCUACAAGUUCCCUGACCUCAACUUCCUCGAUCGACCUGAGCCCCUACAGGGACCGAAGAUUCAACGGUCCUCUGCAGGAGCAGGAACGUCUUCUCCGGAACUCCACGACCCUGUACGUCGGCAACCUCUCCUUCCACACGACCGAGGACCAGAUCCACGAGCUGUUCUCCAGGUGUGGGGACAUAAGGAGGGUGAUCAUGGGGUUGGACAGACACAAGAUGACCCCCUGCGGCUUCUGCUUCGUGGAAUACUACAGCCGAAGAGACGCCGAGAACUGCAUGAGGUACGUGAACGGUACGAAGUUGGACGAACGACAGAUCAGAACUGACUGGGACGUCGGGUUCCAGGAGGGUAGACAGUACGGCAGAGGUCGCAGUGGAGGUCAGAUCAGGGAUGAGUUCAGGAAGACAUUUGACGAGGGCAGAGGAGGUUUUGGAAAGCUUGUGGCGAAGAAGUUAUCCCGAAGAACUGUGUAGAAUGGACGUAUGACUUUUGACUAAGUAGAGUUGUUUAGUUCAAUGUUGUUUUUAAUCGCUUACGUUUAUUUUUAUUUAUGAGUCAUUAUGCAGCUUAUGAAG